UGUUAUUUGCUAGAGGGCGGAAACAACAUGGCGGCUUCCAUGGAACGAACUUCCGAAGUAAUAUUAUCUGUAAAGCUUUUUAAAGUCAAAAAUGCUAUAAAUCCUCAUCCUUAAUGUCUCUAAGUUUACUGUUUUAUAGGUAACAUAUCAUAGACUGCUUUGGCUAUUUUAAGGUUGCACUGAAGUGAAAUUUUUGGGGGAAAUGGGAGGCUAUUUGUCAGCCGGAAGGUGGUUCGUCGGCCUGGGUGAAUCAAGUCAGAAACGGAAGAAGAAAAGAGGGCGGGAUGACAGUGAUGAUGACAGCGAAGAAGACGAAAUUAUGAGAACACCUCAAAGGAAGAAACUGAAAUCAACAUCUAAGUACAUUUAUGACACAUUGUUUGUCAAUGGAGAGAACUCAGAUAUCACUAUCUACGCAUUGGGCAAGGAGUGGUAUCUACACAAGAUAUAUCUCUGCCAGUCCAGUUAUUUUGCCAGCAUGUUCAGCGGCUCAUGGAAGGAGUCUAACUUGAAGGAGAUUAUUAUGGACAUCCCAGACAAUAAUAUAGACAUUGCUGCACUUGAAGUUGCCUUAGGAUCGUUGUAUCGUGAUGAUGUCAUGUUGGAACCAGCUAAAGUUGUCCCGAUUCUUGCCGCUGCAUCACUUCUACAACUGGAUGGACUGAUUUGCCAGUGUGCAGACAUUAUGACAGAAACGAUAAGCACAAAGACAGUGUGUUGCUACCAUACUGCUGCUUCAGCCUAUGGAUUGGAACUAGUCACGCGGAACUGUGUUAACUGGUUGGAACAGAAUUUGAUGGACAUGCAAAGAGCUUCCUUGCUUCAAGAAUUAAGCCUGGAGUUAUUUGAGAAGGUGAUAAGGUCACCAAAUCUCUUUGUGCUUCAGGUGGAGAUGGAUGUUUACUCCAUGGUCAAAAAGUUUGUGUUUUUGAAGCUGAUGCCUUCGUGGAAUGGGAACUUCAAGAAUCUCAGCAAAGAUGCCGAUGCAUUCUUCAGAGCGUAUAAACCCGGGUUGUUCCUCCAGACAGAACGAGGCAAGAAGUACGUCUCAUUAUUCCGUGGUGUCCGUCUGCAACACAUCAUCAAUGAUCUAGCAGCCAGCAAACAUGUAGAAAAGGACCACAUUAUACCCAAGGAAUGGUUGCUGCCAGUGUAUCAGCAGCAGUGGCAAUGCAUGCUGGGAUUGGAGCAAGGUCUCAACCAGGGACCAACUGAAGAGGCCAUUUCUCCUGAAGUAUUUGACCAGCAAUCUUUACGUUGUGGUCGCGUCAUUGCAAGAGAGACAGAUUACUGUUGGAGAUGGACUGGCUACAACUAUGGAAUGGAUGUCCUCUUCACGUUUGCAAAUAGGUUACUCAUCUUCCGUAGGAAUACCGCCACACAUCCUGUGGUCGCCAGUGUCAAUCUGCAAAACUCACGCAAUAUUAUGUUCAGGGUCCGUGUGAUAUCCUAUGACAGCCAGGGCCAUGUCCUUUACCAGAAGAAAGGCGAUCUAAAGGUACUGAGUCUCAGCAAAGACGAGGAGGCAGUGGUACUCACCAAUGACAAACACGUGCAGUUCCCAUUGCGCAUCAGUGUCAACAUGCUGUGUACCACCCCUCUGGGAAUGGAAGAGCCUGCUGAGGAGCCAGCUAGACCCCCCAGCCAGCCAAUCAUGAGGGAGGAAGAUUUAUGAAAGUAAGAUUUAGUCCUCAAUUGUUUUAAUUGUUUUGUUCUGUGUUUAUUUACUUUUAAACUGGUUUCUAUUCUUGUGAUUCCUCAAGUCCAACAGAUGUUUGAUGUCAUCAUUUAUGUGGCUGAAGGCAAGUUGCAUACGUGUACCAAACAUUUAAUUUUUGUUUUAAAUGAAACAGCAUGAGUAUGUGCAGCCCAUUUUUUGUUUACUGACACAAUACUGAACAUCUGAAAUUUAAUUGCCAUUUAAAAUUACACAAACUGAAACAAGAUUUCGUUUUCAGUUUAUUUUUAUUUUGUAUCAGAAAAAAGUUGUUUGGUUAAAUUCAUACUUAAGGCAUGCUCAGAUUGUGCUAAGCCGUUCACAGUUAUUUACAGUUCAGAAAUGGAAAGAAAUACAGGCUGUAUUUAUGUACAUAUUUAUUUGUAAUAUAAAAUUUCGAAGUAGAAUAAUUUUGAGAUGAUUUUUGUACAGAGCAUAUUUUCAUCUAAUGUCUGCCUACGCAUAAAUCAGCAAUUUUCUGCCACGAAAUGCACAAAACAAAUUCUGAAACACAGAUAUUUAAUGAAAAGAUGGUUUGGUUCAAAUUACUGGUACUUCAGUUGUUUUGGUGUUAAUUUCAAAUUUAAGUUUGUAGGUGACUUAGCAACUGAUCAAACUGAGUUUCACUACUUCAUUUUAGCAAUGGCUUCUUUUGGAGAGAUUCAUUUUUAAAAAAAUGUUCAUUUUUUCUGUACAAGAUAGAAGCAAUUGUUUUCUUUCACCUUGUGUUCAAACUGCCAACAAUGUAUACAGUGAAAUCUCGAUAAGUCAAAACUCAGGGGAUUGGGCUCAAAUUUUGAGUUAAGCAGAGUUUUGAGUUAGCAAAUGGAUUUUCUUUUCAACAAUAGAUGGGAAUAAGUUCUUACUUUGAGCUAGAAGGAUUUUCGAGUUAGCAGGUUUUGACUUGUCGAGAUUUCACUGCAACUCUUUUUUUAUUUGGUCAUCAUUUGGUCAUGAGCAGUGCAAGGCUGUUCUAUAACACAUUCUUAAGAAAUCAGACAUUGCCUCUUCAAGAAGAAAUAUUCACAGCCAGUGAUAUGUAUAUAUUCUUGUGAUUGCAGGGUUGUAAAUAUAAGUUCAUAUAAUUUGUAAUAAAGUAACUUAUUGGUAUAUUACAAUGUCCACUAAACCUUAUUUUCGCUGGUUUUUCUACAUGAUUUGAUGCAUUAUUUUAUAAUUUCCUGUGAAAUUGCUGUCACGGUGACAUUUCACUUUCCUCAUUGUAAGAAAUAACAUACACACAGUCACUUUAAUUUUGGUAACUUUAAAACUGGCAAAUACAUGUAUAUCAAAUAAAAACUACUCAGAAAAUCACUUACUAAGCAUCAUGAAGAAAAACCAGUGCAGGAAGUAUGAUUUUUCACUGAAAUGAAAACUAAAAAUACAGAAAAACUUUUAUGGACAUUGCUUAUGUAUUUUUUGUAGAUAUAAAUUUCUUAAGUUCAAAAGUAAGCAAUAAAGAAAAACUACAGGAAUCUUUCAAA